AUGGUGAGCUUGCAGAUGUCUCCCCAGAACCUCUCAUUUUCAGACUCACUGCACAUAGUGAUUCUGGCUUCCAUACUUUCUCUCAUCAUUUACUGGCUCAUCAGAGACCGUCACAGAGUUAGAAACCUGAAUGGAAAGUUUGUCUUCAUAACAGGCUGUGACACCAUACUUGGAAAUGCACUGGCCAAGUGGCUUGACAAAAGAGGAUUCUGUGUUAUUGCUGCAUGUGCCACUGAACAAGAUGGCCAAGAAUUAUGGUCCUGCUCCUCACUCUCCCUGAAGACAGUGAAUCUGAACUUGGCUGACUCCAGCAGCAUCACCAGGGCUGUAGAAUUUGUGACAGAGGAAACAGCAGGCAAAGGGCUUUUUGGCUUUGUGAACGCUGCUGAAGGAACAACAUCUGCAGCACCAACUGACUGGCUAAGAAUUGAUGACUUCCACUCAGCUCUGAACGUUAAUCUACUGGGAUUGAUUGAAAUCACGCUCAAACUUCUACCACUUCUGAAAAAAGCCGAGGGAAGAGUAGUCAAUCUAAUCAAUUCUAACGGCUUCAUGGCAUUUGUAGGGGGUGGCUACAACUUGUCCAAAUGGGGCAUGGAAUCUUUCUCCGACAUGUUAUGGAGAGAUAUUCAGCACUUUGGAGUGAAAGUAAGCAUUAUUGGGCACAGUUUCUUCAACACAAACGUUAAUUCAGGAAUCAUGGUGAGAGACCUCUUAAGACUUUGGAACAGACUGCCUAAUGAGAUCAGAGAUUCCUACGGAGAAAAAUACUUUUCUGAAUAUAGAAAAGCUCAAAGAUCAGUGAAAAGACUGUGCAACUCUGAUAUUUCUAAGGUCAUAAAAUGCAUGGAACAUGCCCUGCUAGCAAAGUACCCCAGGACACGAUACGGAGCUGGAUGGGAUGCAAAGUUCUUUUGGCUGUUCCUCUCCUAUGCCCCGAGCUGUUUAUCUGACAUGCUGUUUUACAUGAUGUUUCCAGUUCCAGGAGCUAGUGGGAGUUCAGUCCCUGGAGUUCUAAUCAACAUUUAGUACUAUAACCAGCAUCAACACUAUGGAAAUAACUCUGAAUCCUGAAUCCUCUCAUAACAGUUGACAUCUCCUCUUUACAAGUUACUAGACUGCUUAAAUUUCCUUCAGAAAACACUUCCUCCUACUUACAUGAAAUUUCAGAGUUUGUAGAUAAGACUCGUAAACCUACCAUGCUUUUUUGCCUCCAGAGCUGAUACAUCUGUAAUAUCUGCAUGCAAGCAAAGUUCAGCUAUAAAUCUGGUUAAUACUACUCAUUCAAUAAAAAAUUUGUUGCUUUUCUUAUUUAAA